AAAAAAACCGAGGAAACUCUGCUGCGAUCAUUGUGCAACACUGGAGCCGAAAAUCUUCCGAGGUUGCUGUUGAUUUGAUUGCUAUUAUCGCUUAGAUUAAAAGCCUGAAGAAAAGAGUGAAUGCAUUCGGAAUAAUAGAAGCAGUGGGGAGAAUCCCCUGCGUUUGCUGAGCGUGAGAAUGGAAGAUUAUGAUUACUUAUUCAAAAUUGUGCUGAUAGGAAAUGCAGGAGUGGGCAAAACCUGCCUCGUCCGACGCUUCACUCAGGGGCUGUUCCCUCCUGGACAAGGUGCCACCAUUGGAGUUGAUUUCAUGAUUAAAACUGUGGAAAUAAAAGGAGUGAAAGUGAAGCUCCAGAUCUGGGACACGGCCGGGCAGGAGCGGUUCCGCUCAAUUACCCAGAGUUACUACCGCAGUGCCAAUGCCCUCAUUCUCACCUACGACAUCACCUGUGAAGAUUCCUUCCGGUGCCUUCCUGAGUGGCUGAGGGAGAUCGAACAGUAUGCCAACAACCAAGUAGUAACAAUCUUAGUAGGGAAUAAGAUAGACCUGGCCGAUAAUCGAGAAGUCCAUCGGCAGCGAGCAGAGGAGUUUGCGGAGGCGCAGAGCAUGCUUUAUCUGGAGACCUCUGCCAAAGAAUCGGACAACGUGGAGAAGCUCUUUCUGGAUCUGGCCUGUGAACUGAUCCUUGAGGCCAAGCAAAACACAUUGGACAACAACGACUCCACUCCCAUGCCUGGAGAAGGGAAAAACAUCAGUUACUUGAGUUGCUGCAGCAUAAACUAGUAGACUUGGCCACUCUGUCUGGCUGAGGGGGCAACACGGAUUGCAUACAAAGUGGUUGUAUUGUUGGUAACCACUAUGUAUUUGCAGUGGUUACUGUUUUCAACUGUUGUUGAAAUCUACAUCUUUUACCCUUCUUAAAUCUCUGGGUAUUUUAAAAUAUUUGGGAAAAACAUGAUAUCAAGAUGAUGCUGCUUUUAGAGGUGAUGCUUUUGGCAAGGAAAAAGGGCCUUGUUACACAACAUUCUUGCUGAUAGGUCAGAUAAAGAGAUUUUCUAUACUUCUGUACAAUGCAACCGUUGGGAUUUCCCUGCUGUCUUGUGAGCCAAUGUAUUUGUUGAUUUAAAAAAAAAAAAAAGAA